AUGAUUUUACGAACCGCUCUCCAUUUCAUCCUUGAGCAGAGGCGUAUUGACGAUGGACAUGCCAUUAUCCAGCGACGAAUGACCCCAAAAAUCAUUGACCCUCUUCCUGUCUCUCACCGUCGGGGACUCAUCGCCGUUGGCGUCACAUCGUUGCUGUCAGCCAUCUCGACAGUAGGGCUAUUCCUCUUCAUCACAUAUCGUCUGGUUUUCUGGCGCAAGCAGCACCCCAACUAUAUCGGCUUCAACCAAUACAUCAUUCUGAUCUAUAACCUUCUCAUCGCUGAUUUUCAAGAAGCCCUCGGAUUCCUUCUUUCUAUAGAAUGGAUUGCCCGGAAUCAUAUCAGCGUCGACUCCCCGACAUGCCCCGCUCAAGGUUGGCUGUUGCAGAUUGGUGACCCAGCAAGUGGGAUAUUUGUCACGGCGAUUGCCGUUCAUACCUUCUUACUUGUUGUUAUGGGAAGGAAGAUGUCCCAUCGGACCUUUAUUUUCUUUGUGGUUGGCCUUUGGGGGUUUUGCCUCCUCCUCGUCUUGACUCCUACGGCAAUGCAUGGGAGGAAAACGUUUGCUCCAAGUGGUGCCUGGUGCUGGAUCGACGAAGAAUUCGAGGCAGCCCGCCUCUGGGGACACUAUCUAUGGAUUUUUGUUGCUGAAUUUGGCUCUAUAGCGAUGUAUUCCAUCCUUUUUUUCUACCUACGACGACAACUUUCCGCUUCUCCACUCAUAAGCGGAGGGCAAAAAGAACACUUACGCCGUCUCCGCCGCGUCACAGGCUACAUGGUUCUCUAUCCGCUCGCAUACAUCGUCCUGUCCCUUCCGCUCGCAGCCGGCCGCAUGGCAAUGGCCCGUGGAGACAAGCUAAGCGUCGUCUACUUCUGCGUCGCGGGGGCCCUGAUCGCCAGCUCCGGGUUUGUUGACGUAGUCAUGUACGCAAUGACUCGUCGAGCGCUCAUUGUGGACUCCCAACCGUCCAAUAUCGACAGAACGUACGCCUCGGCUCGACACCAACAAAACCACAACCACAUCGCGACCGUGACGGCGGAAAAUCGGGCAUCCCGUGCGCUUUCGCGUCGGUCCUACCAGCACCAUAGACGACGGGAUACGGAGCGUACACACCGUCGAGGCUCGGCAGAUAAUAUCAUACAAGAGCAGCCGGACCUGGAGAUGCUGGGUUUCGGAAUGGGAAAAGUAUAUCAGAAGACCACGAUUGAAAUUACAAGUGAGCCAUUAGAUGCCAGGGAAGACGUGAGCACCGGCACGGCCUCAUCGACCGGCCCGUCGUACGAAUUGGUGAAUCCGAUUGAUGGGAUACCUGUGCCAGGAGGCGGUUGGAUGUCUCCAAAAUGAGUUUUGAAACGUUUGAUAUAUUGUUUUUCUUGAUACCUCUUUCGGUGGGGGACUGGGGCUUGCUAUGUUUUCGGAUAAUAUGGCUCUCCUUGUAUAAUGGCGUUUCGUGAAAGGAGGUUUAGGUGCUACGGAUUUCAAUCUUGGUGUUCAUGUGCGUUGGCUGCAAAACGGCUUCUAGAGAUAAAGGGCUUUAUCUCUUUCCUUUCUUACAUUCCUCCCUUUUCCCCCAUCAUCUUCGUUUUUUAUUUUAUUUUAUUUGUUUUAUUUUAUUUUCCAGGGGUUGUCUAAUGGAUGCCCUAGGGCGAAGAGGACCUAAUCCAAUAAUCAGAAUGUUGAAAUAGAUUCUCACCUGUUGGUAGUUUAGAGACGGCUACAUUCCGCGUUUUGUUUGCGAAUCCGGAAUAUUAGUUAGGUCAGAAAUCGUCCCCUAAACACAAAUAAGGUUGAUCUGUAGUA